CAUCAACAAGAACCCACCAUGUCUUUUUCUCUGAUCGAGGCCUGUAAGAAGAGAAAACGAUGGCCAAAGAUCUUCAGGUUGCACUCUUUCGGUGACCCUGGUUGCCCCAUUUCACCUACGGGUUCCUUCCGCGACAACGUUCGAUUUUUCCUUCAAGAAGCUGGAGAACUCGAAGAUUACGAUGUGUUGGGUAAUCCUCUUUGGUGUACCCUUCUCAUCCAUGACAAGACCAACCUAAUGGCUCCUCUUUACACCCUCGAAGAACACGUUUACCACUCUUCUCACCCAUUCUGUGAUCACUGCCGCUGUGUAGGUUGGAGUGGCCAUUUUGUAUCAAAAAGAAGGUACCAUUUCAUAAUACCAAUGGACAAUGGGUGGCAUAAACCCUUAGGUGAAGGUGUUCUUGAUAAUCAGAGUCAUCUCUUGCAUGGAGUGAUUCAUUGUAAUGGGUAUGGCCAUUUGCUUUGUAUUAAUGGUACUGAAGGGGGUUCCAAAGUUUUAAGUGGGAGAGAGAUCAUGGAUCUCUGGGACAGGAUUUGCACCAAUCUCCGAGCAAGGAAAAUAGCAGUGGAAGAUGUUUCAAGGAAGAGGUCUAUGGAUCUUCGCUUACUGCAUGGAGUAGCUUAUGGACACUCUUGGUUUGGUAGGUGGGGAUAUAGAUUUUGUCGUGGAAGCUUUGGUGUGACAGACCAAAACUAUUAUGAAGCAAUUGAAACUCUUGGUUCGUUAGAGCUUGAUGUGAUAGUAAAAGAUUUGAGCAAGACAAAGUACCAUAAAGAAAUCAAACAAAUGAUUCGCUGCUACAGAGAUAUGAGUGAAACUCAAAUCAUCUCAAUCAGGGAUCUUCUCAGGUUUAUGCUUACUGUCAAGUCUUCUCGUGCUCCUGUGUCUAAGAUAACAAUCACUUCUUCUGCUUCUGCUUCUCCUUCUACAGCAUUCAUCUCAAGAAAUUCAACCAAACAAACACUUCCAAGCAGAUCAAAUCCUUUGAAGGAGAAAUCUGCGAGGUAUAAGAAGUUCAGCACUGCUGUGGCCAACAUGGAUAGCAGGUGGCCCACAAGGAGAUUAGAGUUUGCAGCUCAAGUGAUUGUGGAUGCACUGAAAGAGAACAAGGCUGUGAAAUCAGGCUCAGGUGGAAUGACAAGACAAGAUGUGAGAGAUGCAGCUAGGCUCCACAUUGGUGACACAGGCUUACUUGACUACGUACUUAAAUCACUGAACAAUGUGAUUGUUGGGAAUUAUGUUGUUCGCCGCAUGGUAAAUCCAUCAACUAGAAUCCUAGAAUACACUAUUCAUGAGCUUGGUAAGGGGUUCAAGGCCGCUGAACAGGAGCAUGAGGUAAUGGCUCAUGUAGAUCAACAAGUAGAGUCAUCUUGGGUGCCUUGUAGUGAUGUUUACAGUGAUGUAUUGUAUUUGUACAAGAAUGUGCUUUUGGGUUACCCAGAUUCAGAAACAGUGGACUUGGCAGUUCAGACAAUCCUAGACAGUAGGCACUUUGUGAAGGAGUGGCCAUUAACUGAUGAAAUGGAGCAAGUAUUGACAUUUAUUUGCCGUUUGAAACCAAAUCUUGUGGACAUCAAAUCUGAAUUGAAAGGUCUACCAUGUGGUGAGGUUGUAGUGGUUCCAUUGCAUGCAACAGUUGGGGACUUGAAGAAAGCUGCUGAGGCUGCUUUGAGGGACACUUAUUGUAUUGCAGAAAGGCUCAUAGUGACAGACAUUUCAGAACUGAUGGUUGCGGAUGAUGAGGAAGUGCUUUUUGGACUAAUCCAAUCUGGUGUGGAACUUUGUGUGAGGGGCAUUGCUAUAGAUUUAUGUACCCCAUUGAAGUAUCAGGGUGGUGCUGACAACUGGAAGGUGAGAUGUGAAUGUGGAGCUCAAGAUGAUGAUGGGGAGAGAAUGGUGGCUUGUGACAUUUGUGAGGUGUGGCAGCAUACACGCUGCAGUGGCAUAGAUGAUUCUGAGACUGUGCCACCACUGUUUGUGUGCACUGGAUGCUGUGAUUCACUUGUACCCUCAAGGGUAGAAACCAGCGUUGGUAUGGAUUGUAGUGAUUCUUUUCUGAUUGCAGCAGAACCUACCCACUUACUAGAGUAUGGGUAUGGUUACUAA